AUGUCGGAAUUGGAGGUGCAGACUAGUAGAAGGGCUUCGGCCGUGGGCCUCGAUGCUCUCUCGGGCAAGACCAUGUCGAUCAACGUCAACGAUCCAAAGUACGCUCUCAUGGACCCCGGCACGCAGCCUAACCAAUAUUUCAAAGCUAAAAUGUCGCCUUUCCGAUACGCGGUGAGGCAGUACUUGAAACCAUACACAAACAAACAGUCACUUCAAUUGUUCAGCUGGCAGCAGAGACUCAGAACCCCCGGCAGGGACAGUUUCUUCAAGUACACUUCGUUGAUGGGGUCGCACACUUUCUACGUCCUUUGCAUCCCCAUGCCGCCGUGGUUGGGCCACUACGAGCUGGUCAAGGACCUCGUUUACUUGCUGGGAUACUCGAUUUAUAUCAGUGGCUUCCUUAAGGACUACUGGUGUCUGCCAAGACCAAUAUCGCCGCCAUUGAAGAGAAUCACGCUCUCUAAGUAUACCACGAGGGAGUACGGGGCACCGAGCUCGCACACUGCCAAUGCAACAAGUGUCAGUAUCCUGUUUUUAAUCAACUGUUGGAACAACACAAGCUCGCUCUCUUUGCAGCUGAGGUUGCUGAUCACGCUCUCGAUCUUCGGCUACUAUAUCACUUUAGUCGCCGGCAGGGUGUACUGCGGCAUGCACGGGCUCCUGGACCUGUUCACAGGUGCUUUCUGCGGUGUGGUAUGUGUCGUGGGGAGGAGAGUAGCGCAAUAUGUUUUAAAGGAUUUCGACGUCGGCAAACAGAACAUAUGGUACCCAGUGUUCAGUAUACUGUUUGCCAACACUUUGCUUUUCAACCACGUAAAAUCAAUCGAUCCAUGUCCGUGUUUCGAAGACUCUGUCGCCUUCAUUGGCGUUGUCAGUGGCAUCGAAUGUGGGGACUGGUUCAUUCAUAGGUACGCGUUCAAUUACGUGUUCCACACAGGCGGUGCUUCUAAUGCACCAUUAAAUAUACUCUUCAAAAUUCUGACAGGUGUCACAUGCGUAUCCGUCUGGAUGUAUGUAAUUAGUAAACCGCUACUUAAUUCCAUCGCCAAGAAUUUCGAAAACGAAAAGAACAUGGCAAAAGUCGACAUUUUAAAGAGAUUCACAAGGUACUUCACCGUCCCAGUUAUAGUGACCGUGCUAACGCCAUUUUUAUUCAGCAAACUUUCGCUUAUCUAA